UACAGACAAACUGGUUUGCGUCAAGCUCAAUGUAUUCAGGAUAGAAAGCAAACAAGCUAACACUAGCUGCGCUAACUGUCUAGCUACGAUGGAUUAGACGCGUACGCUCUGCAGUUCGGACGCUCAGUGAGUUGCUGGAUGAUCGAUUUUGGCAGAAUGAGGAGGAAAGAUUGGAUUGAAAACAGCAGUCUGGGGACCAUGCAGUAAAUUUUCCAAAAAGAACAAAACCCCAGUCUCUAUCCUUACUAACUUGCCUGUCCACGUUUAAUAGCCUUAUGGAAACCAUGUCUACAAUAGUAUGAAAAAGAAAUCAUUAAAUAAAUUCUGGGUUAAGUGGUGAAGGCCGCGUGGCUGUCAGCUCAUCUGGUUCAGGGCGGGGGUAAGCUGGCCAUGUCACGCGUUCUCACCCCUCCUCCGCCGGGGGAAAUGACCAGCGGACCUGUGGCAGAGAGCUGGUGUUACACGCAGGUAAAAGUCGUGAAAUUCUCCUACAUGUGGACCAUAAACAACUUCAGCUUUUGUCGAGAGGAGAUGGGUGAGGUGCUGAAAAGCUCCACCUUCUCAUCAGGUCCCAACGAUAAGAUGAAGUGGUGCCUGAGAGUUAAUCCAAAAGGACUCGAUGAUGAAAGCAAAGACUACCUGUCAUUGUAUUUGCUUCUGGUUAGCUGUCCAAAAAGUGAAGUCAGGGCAAAGUUCAAAUUUUCCUUACUCAACGCCAAGCGUGAAGAAACUAAAGCUAUGGAAAGCCAAAGAGCUUAUCGGUUUGUCCAAGGCAAAGACUGGGGCUUCAAAAAGUUUAUAAGAAGAGAUUUUCUGCUUGAUGAAGUAAACGGUCUUCUACCAGAUGACAAGCUAACACUGUUCUGUGAGGUGAGCGUGGUUCAGGACUCUGUGAACAUCUCCGGCCAGUCCAACACCAACGUGCUAAAGGUUCCUGAAUGCCAGUUGUCAGAGGACCUGGGCACCCUGUGGGAGUGUUCCCGCUUCACAGACUGCACCCUGUACGUGGGGGGGCAGGAAUUCAGGGCCCACAAAUCCAUCCUGGCAGCGAGAUCCCCGGUCUUUAAUGCCAUGUUCGAACAUGAAAUGGAGGAAAGCAAGAAGAACCGGGUGGACAUCAGCGAUGUCGACCCAGAUGUCUUCAAAGAGAUGAUGGGUUUUAUAUACACAGGAAAAGCACCAAACCUGGAGAGAAUGGCAGACAGUUUAUUGGCAGCAGCUGAUAAGUAUGCUCUCGAACGUUUAAAGGUUAUGUGUGAGGAGGCACUGUGCAGCGGCCUGUCUGUGGACAACGUGGCCGACACCCUCAUCCUCGCCGACCUGCACAGCGCUGAGCAGCUUAAAACGCAGGCUAUCGAUUUCAUCAACAGGUGCAGCGUCCUCCGACAGCUGGGCAGCAAGGAUGGGAAGAACUGGAACAGCAACCACGCCGCUGACAUAAUGGAGACUCCAGGCUGGAAGUCAAUGAUCCAGUCUCAUCCUCACUUAGUGGCCGAGGCCUUCCGAGCCUUGGCCUCGGCACAGUGCCCCCCCUUCGGCCUGCCCAGGAAGAGGCUAAAACAGUCCUGACUCGCUCGACCCCACGGACCUGCAGCCGGGUGAACACCAGACUCUGUUUGCGUGUGUGUGUGUUUGUAUGUGUGAGAGAGAGAGAGAAGGGAGGUUUUCUCUCCCCGCUUGUGUCAGUCCAGGGGACAUUAGGACCUUGUGACCGUGCACGCCUGCUCUAACGUCUCCAGUGAUGGGUUUGGUCUCAGAGCGUCGUUUUGCUUGUGAAACCUUCUGUGUCCUCUGGGAUGUCCUUUUCCCAGCUCCACUCUGUGCCUGCCUUGUCCCAAAGAGACCAGGCCUUCACACCCUUGCACUUGACCCCAAAGUCUUGCUCUUUUGAUACAGGAUUCUGUAGGAAUGUGUGAAGGGUUUGAUUAACGGGGAAAAUUCUAUAUAUUCAUAAUGUUCGGCCCAUUUUGUGACGAGACAAAGUGAUCGUCGCGAGCAAGGUCAGUGCUUUACAUUUUUUGAAGACACAUAAUGCCCCAUAUUGAUGGCACUAUUUCUAUGUAAAGUCAUAUUUGACAUUUAAAUGUUAAAUUGUUUAAAAAAAAAAAAAAAAGUAAAAUCCUAGAUCUCUUGCAUAUUGUGGAGGAAAAAAAUUAUGCAUUUCAGAUAUUUGUAUUGCUGUAUGUGACAAAAGAAUUUAUUGUCUGUGUUGUUCUACCAGUAACUUAUUCAAACGUGCGCUAACGUUACACUGUGAGAGGAGAAAGUUAGUCCGAGCUCCACUUUCAUCACGUUAGUCUUUCAAGGUAUUCACACACACAAACUUACUGUUGCUUUAAAAAAAAAACUGGUCAGGCAUAAACCAUAAUCCUAACACGGUGGCACAUAAAUGGUGCCAAUAUUUAACUCUGCGAAUGCUAGAAGGAAUGUUUGCUCAGUGGACUGAGACCUUCAUGGAGGUGCUUCUUCCGCGCUGGCCGUUAUCGGCGAGAGCACAGCGGGCGGAAACCUUGCCGUUGCCUGUAAAGACUGAACUUCUGUUCGUGCAAGGGGUAUCAUCCUCAGGCCUGGAGGGUCUGUCUCCACAGAUCUCUCAGUGCUUCCCCUGGUCCAGCACACCUCCUUCCCCACCUGAGCACGUUCACGAGUGCCUGGAGUGGAACUGGUGUGUUGGACCAGUGCUCGGCCCCUCCAGGAGCCUGAGGUUAAGACCCCUGAGUCAGACAAUCCGCCUUCAAGUGUACUGUCUUCUGGAAUCAGGAAAUACAGGAUGCUAAGCAUCAAACAGUGGCAUUAUUACAACAUGUGUUGGGUAAAUAAAGUUAAACCGAGGGUUUUUUCCCCCUCGCGAGCUGUGGUAUUAUGUUAGAACUGAUGUUGAUAUUUGAAGGCAGCAGCAUGGCGUUGAUGUCACGUUACACUGACUUGUUCUGUUUAAGGACUCGUUUUUUCGGGCCUUUAUUCCUUGAAAAGGUUCAAAGGUGGAGUGUCUGUAAGAAUGCCUGCGUUAACUCAUUAAAAAACUUUUUCAUCGUA